UAUCCCCCUCGUAUCGCAUAUUCCGUUUUAGUGAAGCAGACCGGAUUGGAGGAACAGCGCGCGCGAGUAGUGGCCGUGAAUCCUACAAGUGUGUGCCGCGUGCUAUAAUAAAAAAGCAGUUAUUCUCUGAAGUGCACCGUGAUAAUUGCCCUCAGUCCAAUUGUGAGUGCAAUAGACACGGUCCAAGUAUUGAAAGAAUUUAUGGAGUGAGUUUCGUUGGUGCAUGUAGUCUUUAAGAACGCGCUCGGUACUUACUUAUCUUUGCGUGUCGGAAGGGUGUUUGUUGGUGUUCCUGUUAUUUGAAAAAUUUUAUAGCAUCUGUGCUGUGGUGUGCUUGUGUGUGGAUCGAGAUAAAUCGCUAAAGGCGCAGACGGCAACGCGACCGGGGAGAAUGUAAGACCUCCAAAAAGAAACAUCAACUCGGGGGCAACGGGUGAAGAAACCAGACAUUGUGGUUCUGGGAAUGGUCCGAAAAUCAGUGAAUGGAUUGUGUGCUGUGUGAUGGAAGGAGAAAGUUAAGAUAUUACUUAGAACGAAAAUUGCGUCGUUCCGCUAUACGCGUAUCCGAGUCGGAGAAGUGGAUACAAAGGUUGGAAAGCUCGCCUAAGUCGGAGAAAGAAUCAAAUACAUAAUUUAUUUUUAGUGAUUUCACACGUGUGAUUUGAGCUGCAUGCGUGUUUUUGAGCGAUCCGGAGUGAUUUUUGUGUGGAUAGUGGCAUCACGUUGUAGUGGCCAGUAAAAACAACAAGCUUAGCGCGCAUUCGGGGAAACGAAAGAUAAAAUACCAGGCGUCAAUCAAAAGUGCCAUCGGUGGAGGACUGCUGACAAUCCUUCCUGAAAGCCACGGCGGCACGGGAGUGUGAAGCAGCUCGAACGAAUGUGAAUGUCCACCGGUGUAUGCAAAUUCCCUAAAUCCAUCAACAGCUGUCCCAAACAGUUCAUAACUGAGGCCAUAAAAACAACCCGAUUCCCGGGUGUGGUUGCGAAGCGAAGACCUCGAAUAGAAACGGGCAGCGGAGCUAAUAAAAAAUGCAAGAAGAAAGUUCUGACUCGUGGAAGUCAAUAAUGCGCAAAAAGUUUAGCUGAAGUUUGGACGAAUAAGUUCCAUGAAAAACAGAAGCAGCGUGUGGGAGUUUCAUGCAAUUUCCGUGCGCGCCGCUAUCGUAUAUAAGUUUCUACUACUUAAGUUCGGUUUGAAAAAGUAUGACAAAGUUUCGAGUGAAGAUGCAUAAUCAGUGUGCAACGAGAGCUAAAAUGCGACAAUCGACUGUGAUAUACCUGAUAAUUUUCGUACAAAUAGUUGUCUGGAGCAGAUGGGGAAAUGCACUGCCCAGCGACUUGGAAGCCAAUGAAAUGUAUCGUGAUCUGCUGGCUGAAAACGGAGCUCCCGAGAUUGUAGGUUACAAACCAGAAGUGGAACUGGAGGCUGGCUCCCACUAUGAAUUAUUCUGCAAGUCCGCCGAACCCAUCCGGUGGCACGUGAGCCGAUCCGAGAAUGAGGAAAUCGAAUCACCGGAGUUCAUCUCCAUCGAAGACAUCGAAACAAAUGAUGCCAACAAGCCACACGGGAGUCGUGUUACAAUUGCCAACGCUACGGCCGUUGUCGUCGGUCGGUAUUACUGCGUCUACGUUGCUGAAGCGGAUAAACCGGACCAGAAUCUUGAUGAACUCGAGGCGCUGUACAAAGCUACCAGCGCUUACAUUUUCGUGAAAGACCCCCAAACUCCGCUAGUCCCUAUACAACACCCAAUUGUGACAGCGAACCAGUACGAGGAGGUCGUAAUUCCCUGCAAACCAUCCUCCAAAGACGUCCACGUUGAGCUAGUGAAGGACGAGCAGGAGAUGCAAAUCGACAACUACAAGUACAGUGAAACCAUCGGCUUCGUGCUAACACUAGUUCGGCUGGACGAGAGCGGGGUGUACUUAUGUCGUUCCAAGGAGACCUCGACCCAGCAGCUGCAUUUCCAUGUGGAUGUAAUGGAAUCCUACGAUUACGAACAAGCGGUCACCGAUCGCAUUAGUAAUCCACGGGUGGAAAGCAAAACCGGCGAAAACAUCAAACAGGGCGACUCAAUUCAGCUCGUCUGCCGGCUGGAUGUCUCGGAGGGUAUCAAGUUCAACAUCCGGUGGCUUCUGCCGAGUAAACACAUCGCUCGAAAUGAUUCCCGGGUGACGGUCAGCAGUAUUACCGUGAUUCCUCACCCAGAGAGACCGCACUACAUAGUCGGAACGUCGGAACUCACCGUCAAGGACGCUCAGGCAAGUGACACUGGGAUGUAUCGGUGCGAAGCGGAGGAUCACAACAAAUAUACCAGCUAUCGGUUCACCCGAGUGAAUGUCGUUGCGCCGGAAGCUGCCUUCAUUAAGAUAUACGAGGAGAACAACCUCAAGGUUAUCAACACCACAACGAGACGGCCUAUAACGAUAGUGUUGAGAUACGAUGCCCAUCCGAAGCCACUGUUUCACUGGAUCAGAGACGAUAGCGAUAAGGCGCUAGCGCCAGGCGAUAAGUACGAUAUGCUCGAAGAUGACAGACAGGUCAAGCUGAGCAUCAAGCGUCCCAAUGUGUACGAUUCGGGGUUGUACAUUCUGCACGCGGAGAAUGAAGGCGUCCAGACGACUUAUGAGAUGAAAGUAUUUGUAAGAGAGAAACCUGUCCUUUCGAUCAAUCCAGUAUUUGCUCGACCCAAGGAGACGGUAACUUUCGUCUGUACCUGCAUUGGGUAUCCGAAACCAAACAUGCGAUUUGCGUUCAUUCCAUGCACCAGCGAACCUUGGACCAACUGCUCGGGUCCCAUUCAGCCUAAACAAGUUCAGGAAUACAAUUAUGCUACGAGCGCUCGAUUAGUUGCUUGGGCUGAGCCGGAUGAGAUUAUCAUGGUAAGGGGUUUUCGUCUGCACGGAACUGGCAGAAACCAGGAGGUCAUCACCGUGGAGCAGUACAGCUUCCAGGCCGAAACCGCCGGAUACGUGGGCUGCAUCGCGGAAAACAGCGAGGGUCGAGAUUUUGCGAAAGCCGACCUGCUCAUCAGCGACCUUGACGAGCCGGUAAUGAUCGCACAGGAGUCACCCAAAGGGGAAGUCACCUACGGUGAUCGAGUAGAGAUCGUGUGUGCUGCCUCGGUUUAUAACUAUACCAAGCAAAUAACGUUCUUCAAAGACAAUGAAGAACUGAUCGAGGACGCUGACAAGGGAAUUUCAUUCCAAGAUUGGUACGAGACGUACGCCUAUCGGAGGCGACUCGUAAUCGAGACUGCCAGUGAGGAAAACGAAGGCGAGAUCCGUUGUCAGGCGAAUGUGGUGAGCACGGAUCAAGUCGAAAGCAAGGAGAUCAGACUGGUUGUUCAUGAACCAGUUUUACCGCGAAUUUUGGAGGGAACAGCAACGGUGGAUCUACAACUUGGAAUGGGUGAAACCAAUCAGUUUCAAUGCAGCGUAGACGGAAUGCCGAAACCAACGGUGGAGUGGUUGAAGGAUGACGCUCCAAUGGAUUUCGAGAAUGAAACGAGACUUCUGCUGAUUAAUGAGACAACAGUGUUCUUCCAGUUUUUGAGAGAAGAAGAUUCGGGGGAAUAUUCGUGCCGUGCCCGUAAUAAAGUGGGUCAGACGGAGAAGAUGUGGAGCCUACGGGUGAAGACUGUGGCCAUUCGGAGGACCUGGAUUUAUCUAGUGCUUUCGCUGCUGAUUAUUCUGAUCAUUGCCGUCAUUAUGAUCUCGUUGUUCUACUACAAGAAAAAGAAGGAGGUGAAAGCGAUGAAAGAGGCUGGCUUGGCAAACUUCGAGGAGGGUAAUCUGGACCAGAUGAACCCGGAAAUAUCGCUGGACGAACAGGCCGAUUUGCUGCCGUACAAAAGCGAAUACGAGUUUCCCAAGGAGAAGCUGAAGCUGGGAAAACAGUUGGGAGCUGGUGCUUUCGGAGUGGUUAUGAAGGCUACCGCCAGUGGGAUUAUGGUGAACGAAGAUGAAACAACGGUUGCCGUGAAGAUGGUGAAGAAACAAACCGACAACGAAGUGAUGCGAGCUUUGAUCUCCGAACUUAAGAUUAUGGUCCAUUUGGGUCAGCAUCUGAAUGUGGUCAAUCUGCUGGGAGCGGUUACGAAGAACAUAGCUAAAAGAGAGCUGAUGGUUAUUGUUGAAUACUGUCGAUUUGGAAAUGUGCAAAACUUUUUGCUGAAACAUCGGCCAUACUUCAUCGAUCAAAUUAAUUCAGACACAGGCGAAAUUGAUUCAACUAUUGACAAGAACCAGUUGCGGUGGUCAAAGGCCGGCUAUAUGUACAACAGUCAGGGUUUGAAAUAUGUUAAUCUUUCGUUUUCUACGCACAAUGUGAACAAACACAACAACCACAACAACAAUAAUAACCACCAUCAAAUCAACAACAAUCCCAUCUACUGCAACUACAUCAAUAGUAGCAACUCGAGCGAUUAUCCCAAUCCGAAAAAUCACAUCAAUUCCAAGGGAUACGUGAGACACUCGGGAAUACAGAAUAUGGCAAUGGUCGACAGCUGCAAUACGGAGGCAACGGUGAUGACCUCGAUUGAAGGAGAAGAGUUGAACACAGCCAACACCGUAAAUUCCAACGAGCCGCUGUGGCGGUCAAACAUAGGAACAGACUACAAGGGUCCCGCACGAUCGGUAACCACUACCGACCUUGUUUGCUGGGCAUCUCAGGUGGCCUGCGGUAUGGAAUACUUGGCCUCGCGCAAAGUACUCCAUGGGGAUUUGGCUGCUCGAAACAUCCUACUGUGCGAUGAUAAUGUGGUCAAAAUAUGCGACUUUGGUUUGGCGCGAUCGAUGUACAAAAGCGAUAACUAUAAGAAGAAAGGCGAGGCACCUCUUCCGUUCAAAUGGUUGGCGCUGGAAUGUAUCAGUGACAAUAUUUUCGGCACUUACUCGGAUGUGUGGGCCUACGGCAUCGUGCUGUGGGAGUUCUUCUCACUGGCAAAGAUUCCCUAUCCCGGGAUGGAAGCAAACCAGGAACUGUACAACAAACUCCGUGAUGGAUAUCGAAUGGAUAAACCACAAUAUGCCAACCAGGAUGUGUAUGACAUCAUGCUUAAUUGCUGGAAUGUAAAACCUGAUUCCAGGCCCUCCUUCAAAGACCUCAAGAGUCGCUUCAAUGCGAUGCUACCGGAGGAAUUGAAAAAUCACUACAUCGAUCUCAACGAGCCAUAUUUGGCGAUGAACACUGAAAAAGAACAGCGUGGUGAACCAGACUACUUGGCAAGCUUAGGGCCCCCUCAGGAGCAGGCACCAUCUGCACCACCAAACUACGUCAAUGGUAUCAUCCUGCCGUUGCCACCAAUUUCCGACAAUCCGGACUACCUGAAGAUGACCAGCACGAAGUCCGACUCCGAGGAGAGUCAGUUCGAUUUCUCCUCGUUCCACAACAGUCAGCCUUCACCCACGCUGAAGAACAAUCUGGAUACCAGUCCCCAGCAGGGUAGCAAACGACACAAGAAGAAAGGUAUCCCGGAGGAGAUUCCAAUGCUGCGCAAUCACGGCAAAUCCAGCCAGGGAUUCAACUCGGACUCGGAAACGGAAGCGACGAGCCCCGUUCCGAUGGUACGCACAACGAAAAUCCAACAGCCGGAGCAUGAGUACUCGAAUUUGAAGCGGAUGGACAGGCCGCAGGUAAGCUCCGGUAAGGAUGGCACGGGGAAAGAUGCAUUUAGCAAUCCCGGCUACGUGAUGGUCAACACGGUUAACGAGAAGCGAUUAAACUAGGUCAUCACAUCAUUACUUACACACACACACACACACACACACACACACACACAGGGAGCGGGAUGGGAUCCCUAGUUCUGGUAGAUAUUUACGUUCGACUGACAAGAUGAAACAAUCUAUGCCACGGCACUGUGACCUUCGUAAACGAUUAUCAUUUUACCGAGCACGAUAGAUGUUAGUAUAUAUUCGAAAUGUACGCUUUUAUGUCCAUUUAGAUCAUAGGAGAGAUGAUUUAUAUUCUACUAGUAGUGACGAAAGUGGUUGCACACUACGAUACUACAAUACUUUCCAUGCGACGCGGAUGGGAAUUUCAGAAAAAGAAACUUUUUGUUUGAAAAAAGAUGCCUUAAAUGUUCUAGAAACCUUCCCAUAUCUUACUCAUUUUAAUAUUGCUGUAAAUAGAGUACUAAAAUAUAUAAUUUAAUUAUAUAUGAA